UUGCCCUGGCUGUUCCCUAUUCUGCGUCCAGAAGACGCCGUCCAACGAAUGGUUGAGGCUAUUCGUCAUCGGGAAAGAAUUCUGUACCUCCCCUGGUGGAUGUGGUUUAUACCGCUCAUUCAUCGCGUCCUGCCCUAUCCGCUGCUUCGUCUGUUCUUCAUAGUCAUUGGCAACUUCCAUGCAAUGGAUAAUUUCAAACGCGCCAACAUGAACCAAGACUAA